ACUUCAAAAUCCACCACGUAACCCAAAUUCCCACCUCUCAAAUAUUCCUCACCAAUCUCUCAAAACCCCCAACAUCUGCAACAAAUCCCCCUCAUCUUUGUUCCACAAACAGCACCAAUGGCUUCCACUUCAGCUGUUUCAAUGGCACUGCCACUAUCACCCACCACCCAGACCAAAGUCUCCAUCCCCAACCCUUUCCUCAACCCACCUCCACUCAAGCAUUCAUCAAUGGCUGCCACCCCAACUACAAGACCCAAUGCAACAAAACUUGAAAUCAAGGCUUCUUCUUCUUCUUCUUCUUCAAACAAGGAGAAGGCAGUGACUAUGUUGACAGCAGCUGCAAUGACAACAUCAAUGAUGGUCCCUGAAAUAGCUCAAGCAGCUGAUGGGGUUACCCCUUCUCUCAAGAACUUCUUGCUUAGCAUUGCUGCUGGCGGUGUUGUGCUUGUCGCCAUUAUUGGAGCUGUCAUUGGUGUCUCUAACUUUGACCCUGUUAAGCGAAGCUGAGGCCAUUUAAAUUGUUUACAUGCUGUGAUAUUUACUUACCUCCUUAGUUUAUUCAUCUAUUUUUUUAUGUUUCCAGUUAUAAAUUUGGCUUUUUUAAGUCCCUGCAAUUUCUCAAA